CGCAAAACGGGUCUUUUUUAAGUCGAGCGAAAAUCCCCCGAAAAUCCGACCCGGCAACUCCGUCCUCCCUCUCGUUAUCCCACGCGCACGGUGGAUCGAUCCUACGCCGUUCACCGGCGGCUCCUCCGCCGCCGCCGCCGCCGCCGCAGGAGGGGCUGUUCACCGCGGGGGCGGCGCAGGGAGUCGGAAGGGCGACCGGAGGUCAUGAAGUGAUCAGUGCGAGAUUGAGAUUUCUCAAUUCCGCUUCUACAUUCAGGCUGGUAGCACCUAGGGCGUGCAGAAGUGAAAAGGCUCAUGUCAUUUGCAACUGGUGAUAAAUAUCCUGUUUCACAUGCCUGCAAAGUGUGAACUGAGAGCUGGAUGCAAGAUAGUUAGAAUUUGUGGUGAAUCUUGGUAAAGUUCUGCUGGAAAUCAGGAAAAAAAUGACCUGAAGAUCUCUGCCGGGAAAUAUAAAAAUGAAGCUCCCAAAACGCUAUGCCAUAGUGUUACUGACAUUCAUGUGCACUAAUGUAUGUUACAUUGAGAGGGUUGGCUUCUCGAUUGCUUAUACUGUAGCUGCUGAUGCUGUUGGCACAAACCAAGCAAACAAGGGCAUGAUACUAUCCAUGUUCUACUACGGUUAUGUUCUAUCACAGAUUCCAGGUGGAUGGGCAGCACAGAGGCUGGGAGGUAGACUUGUCCUGCUGCUGUCGUUUGUUCUUUGGUCUUUGAUCUGUGCCGUGGUUCCGCUAGACCCAAAAAAGGUAAUUUUGCUUGUUCUUUCUCGGCUGCUUGUGGGUGUUGCACAAGGCUUAAUAUUUCCUUCCAUUCAUACUGUUCUGGCGCAAUGGGUGCCACCUCAGGAGCGUUCUCGCUCAGUGUCCCUAACAACCUCAGGAAUGUACCUUGGUGCGGCCUGUGGUAUGCUUCUGCUUCCAAGUCUAGUGAAGCACAUGGGACCCCAGUCGGUUUUCUCAGUCGAAGCUAUGUUGGGUGUAGCAUGGCUUUUAAUAUGGUUCAAGUUUGCAAGUGAUCCACCUCGCACUGAUCUUCCAAAGGUGGCAUCGAAAGAUAAGAUGAAGGCGCAAGCUGGAGGAGUUGUUGCACCUCGCACUGUGAAGAUUCCAUGGGCAAGGAUACUUUUUAGUUUGCCAAUUUGGGCGAUUGUUGUGAACAACUUCACCUUCCACUAUGCACUGUAUGUUCUUAUGAACUGGCUGCCGACAUACUUCAAAUUAGGACUUGAGCUAAGCCUCCAGGAUAUGGGAUCAUCAAAGAUGCUUCCUUAUCUGAAUAUGUUUUUAUUCUCCAACAUUGGCGGGGUUCUUGCUGAUCACUUGAUUACAAGAAAGAUAUUAUCUGUUACCAAGACAAGGAAACUUCUGAACACAGUUGGGUUUAUUGUCUCAGCUAUUGCACUCAUGGCUCUUCCAUUAUUCAGAACACCUUCAGGGGCAAUAUUCUGCUCAUCAGUAUCUCUUGGUUUUCUGGCUCUAGGGAGAGCAGGGUUUGCUGUAAACCACAUGGAUGUGGCUCCAAAAUUUGCUGGGGUAGUGAUGGGGAUUUCAAACACAGCUGGGACUUUGGCAGGAAUAGUUGGUGUUGGUCUCACAGGAAGAAUUCUGGAGGCAGCGAAGGCCUCUAACAUGGACCUGACAAGCUCAGAAAGUUGGAGGACAGUCUUCUUUGUACCAGGAUACCUUUGUAUUUUCAGUUCCUUCAUUUUCUUGAUUUUUUCAACUGGGGAAAAGAUCUUUGAAUAGCCAGGUGAUUAUUUGUUCUUUACUAACCAUCUACGAGGGGAGUUAUCAAUACAGCAAUUCAUAUGUUCAGUUAGCUUUUUCUCAACUUUGGACUACCUGUAACUUAGGUUACCUGCCAAUAGAGAUUUUAAGCAAAGAAAAAGGGAGAAAUUUUGGCAUGUCAGAAUAGAUAGAGAUGGUGUAUGGGUGCUAAUUCAUGUUACUCUUGAUUAAAGCUGAUAGAAUUAUCUAUAUAAAUGAAUGUUAUACCUGUGGAUCAUACUUGUUUGUAGUUUAUCAGACUCAGUGGUCUCAGGGUAUAUUACAAAGUAAAACCUGAAA